AUGCCCCGGAAUUCGGAUCUCAAGGUUGCCAAGGGCGAAGUGCUCAAGUUGUAUCCGAUUUCUGGGACUGGGGCCCAACAUGUCAACCCGAUCAAUGGAAGGUGCUUGUAUGGGAAGGACAAAAGGACGGGAGAGUGCAGAUUGUAUCCGUAUCCACGAUACACCAUGGAAGGGAAACUGAAUCUACCUCCUCCUCGUGGACCUCCAGACGAUAACGGCUACAGGUCGAGCCCUCCUGUCAAGUUUCCGAAGGCGUUGAUGUCAGUAGCGGGGGAGAUUGAAAGGAAGUCAGGGGACUUGGACUUUCAAGAGAAGGUGAAACAGGAGAUGCAGCAGAACGAGGCCAUCAUGGAGGCGCUUCAGAAACAUAUUCUCAAGCAGGAAUCCACCAUCUCAGAACAGGAGGCAGAUCUUCAGAUGUUACAAGAUGAAGUCAAGCUAGCUAAGGACAGGGUCAGCACUGAGCUUGAGAACUUCAAAGACGACAUCAAGGACAAGAUCAAGAAGAAGGCAAGCCAGGUUGGCCCUGAAGGCCCUGAGGGCCAGGUGAUGCUGGUGAUCCUGGCCCUACUGGUCGUCCAGGCAUUCCAGGCCCUCCAGGACCACCAGGGCCUCAGGGAGAGAUGGGAGGCAACGGAGAUCGCGGGACACCAGGACGACAAGGCAGGGAGGGUCCUCCGGGUCCUCCGGGCCCCCAGGGCUACAGGGCGGUGGAUCCGGCUUGUCGCUUCGGUGGAUGCUAAGAAGAAUUAA